AUGGUCAAGAUCAAUCAUUAUCAAACGGCUCGUUUAACUUGCUGUGUUUUAAUUUGUGGGGUGCCUUCAUGUCUUGGGCCAGCUAUAAAGGAAACUCACAUACAUGUAGCACAAUGCCAAGUUUUGCCCACAACCAAUAGACAUUUCUCUCAUCUGAGCGAGCGGCAGAGAGAGAUGGCAGUGGCUGGCUGCGGGAGCAGGGAGGAGAGGUGGAGCCUGGCAGGCGCCACGGCGCUCGUCACCGGCGGCAGCAAAGGAAUAGGACAUGCCAUCGUGGAGGAGCUCGCUGGGUUUGGGGCGAGGGUGCACACCUGCUCCCGGAACGCGGCGGAGCUGGAGGAGUGCCGCCGGCUGUGGGAGGAGAAGAACCUGCGGGUCACCGUCUCUGUCUGUGAUGUCUUGGUGCGCGCCCAGAGGGAGAAGCUUAUGGAGACGGUCCGACAAACUUUCGACGGCAAGCUCGACAUACUAGUGAACAAUGCAGGGCAAUUUUGGUUCAAGCCCGCUGAUGAAUGUACGGCGGAGGACUUCUCCAAUCUGAUGACCACCAACUUGGAGGCGAGCUUCCAUCUAAGUCAACUUGCACGCCCUCUUCUCAUACACGCUUCUAUUGCUGGAGGAGGUAGCAUCAUCAACAUGUCCUCCAUUGGAGGCUCAAUUGCCUUCGUAGGCUCCACAAUUUAUGCGAUCACAAAAGGCGCGCUGAACCAACUUACAAGGAAUCUGGCCACCGAGUGGGCCCCUAACAAGAUUCGUGUGAAUGGUGUCGCCCCAGGAUUUGUCACAACUGAUAUGAUUAAAGACGUAGAUUCAGAGUACAUGAAGCAAGAGAACUCGAAGACCCUGUUGGGACGGAGUGGCAAGCCGGUGGAGAUCGCCUCAGCAGUGUCAUUUUUGUGUAUGCCGGCAGCUUCUUACAUCACCGGCCAAGUCAUUUGCAUUGAUGGUGGUCGAACCAUUAGUUCUUAG